GUUUUCUCGAGAGGAAUCAGAGAUACUGGCAUUUUGGUAGUAGAAUUGUAUCAGAAAAUAUGGAUACAUUAAAUAGAGUGGCAUAUUAAUUUAGUGUCAUAACAUCUACAUUAGAUAUCCAUAUUCUAUUAGACAAAUCUCAUAUUUCACCUGGUCCUCCAGUCCAGGUUUGAGAGUGAAAGCCAGAGUUUGAUUUGGGUAACGUGUCUAAAGUACCAGAUACUUUGACGUUUCACCGUUACUGCCAUUCCAGUGGUUACACGGAUAGAUUUGUUUUAAUGUGAAAAUGACAAAAUAAAAUAUCGAACGAAACUUUAUCUACAAUUGUCGUCACUUUAACGAUGGUAGAACCAAAAGUUACAUUAAAUCCACGGCAAUUUAUCUCUGCUAUCUCUUGAAAUCAUUUGCUCGUUUAAACCUGUCAAAAUUGUGUCGGUUCACAAAAGAUAAAAGGCUGAGGAAAUAUUGAAACCUUCAGUUUACACACCAUGGCCACUGGAGGAGCAUCGCUACGCAAGGUUUCUGACCUUGUUCAUGACUACAGUUGUUCCAAGUGUGAGGAAUUUGAUCUUAAUAUUGAAGCCAAUCACUUCUGUCCAGAGUGUGAACACUAUCUGUGUGACAAGUGUGUGAAGCUACAUAAUGGGUUUCAUAGAAAACAUACCGUAUACGGACGUGGUGACAUUGAGAAGUGGGAGGGUUUGACCUUGACAUAUGUGACCAACAUGGCAACAAGCUGGAGGUCCACUGUGAUGACCACCAGGAAUUGUGCUGCCACGUUUGCGUAGCUCUAAACCACAGGCAGUGUAUCAGCAUCAGUCACCUGCCUGACCUGGCCAGAGACUUCCUGAAAACAGAGGAGUUCAAGCGGCUGCCAGCAACAGUUUACCAGAUGAUGAGCAGGUUGGUUGAUCUCAAGAAUUCUAUGAAAGAUCAAGCCUCACUGAGGAUCACAUACAUGAACAUUAUGGCUGAAAUCAAGGCUCUCCGAAAAGAGAUAAACAACAUUUUGGAUCAGCUUGAGAAGAAGACAGUUGAACUGUUGAAUAGCAUGAUCAUGGAUUUAGAUGCAAGUGUAAAAGUAGAUAUGGAAGAGUGUGCCGAUAUGCAUGACCAGCUGAAGACCAUGAUAGAAAAAGUCCAGCAGAUGACAGGCAAACACAAGGAGACAAGUUCUUACAUUGGCUACAUACGAUUACAGAACAAGCUGUCCAAAGCAAAGGAUCAAAUGAAAAAACUGCAGAAUAAGCCUGAAAACAUAAUACGAUUUAAACCUGAUAUCAGUUUACAAAAAAUACUCAGAGGCUUACAAGUGCUUGGCACCAUUCAAUGGUCAGAAAAGGCUCAUAUAUACAACUAUCUAUGCUCAAACGCAUUUAAGGUUGGUAUGGAAACCGAUGAAGAAAGCUACGCUAUUGUAGGUUUAUGGGAGUUGCCCAGUGGAGAUCUUGUUAUUGCGGACAAAACAAACAACAGAGUAAAGCUUUUGAAUAGAAAAUACGUUGUCACCUCGAGCUGUGAUAUGCCUGCUUCUCCAAAAGAUUUGUGCCACACAUCCGGAAAUGAAGUAGCUAUAGCAUUUAAUGAUUCUGAUCGACAUGGAGUCCAAUUCAUCAAUGUCACCAGAGGAAAGCUACAGAAAGUGAGAAUGUUCACCACGGACCACCUGUGCACCUGCAUUGCCUAUCACAAAGGCCAACUGUAUACGAGUUCAGGAAAUACACUUUACCAGUAUAACAUUGAUGGCAAGGUGAUCAAAAAGAUUUACGAAGACAAGUCAUGUGCCUUGACCGUCAGGAAGUGUGUUGUUAGUCCCGAUGGAGAGAGAUUUUAUGUAACGAAUUACUGGAAAAAUAAAUUGACAAUACUUGAUAAAUCAGGAAAAGUCUUAUCUUUAUUGGAAGACUCUGAAUUAAAAUAUCCAAGUGGACUAUGUGUCAUCCCCAAUGGUAAUGUGUUUGUGUGUGGGGUUGGUUCUGACAAUGUGUUACAAGUGGACAUGGAGGGACCAAAAAAGCUGGUCACAGUGGCCGGGAAUGUUGAGUGGGUGUCGAAGCCUUUGUCAUUGUGCUAUAGUGAAAGAACAUCCAGUCUUCUUGUUGGGAAUGAUUAUAUAACAAGUUUGUGCAUAUACAGUUAGCUAAAAUUGUCUACCAAACCCUCCAUUUUGUGAAAAGGGCUUAUCAGGAAUUUGAACUACUGAAUAAAUUACUACAUAGAAGGCCAUUCUGCUGUUCUAUUUACUGUGUGUAUUUCCUGAUGUUUUUUGUACUGACCAAUAUUUUAAGUAUGUGUGUUUUGAGUAUUAAAUUAUCAAAAUGUCCUUGUGACAGAGGAACUUGUUUGCAUCCAAACAGCAUGUACACACACCAAGUAAGGGCAGUUCUAUAAAACAUUUGCUUACAAAGAUUGAAGUGUUAAAACAUGUUCAGCAAUCAAAAGGAGAAGCAGAAAUAGCAUAUGAUAAUCAUGCAUAUUAAUGAGGUAAACCAAAAAUACAUUAUGAAGAAAUUUUAUCCUUGAAUUGUAUUUUCUUAGAGUAAAGAUAUAUCGCAUAUUCAUACGUUGCACAACAAGAUCCUGUGCGUAAACUUCACAGUGUGGAAUAACCGACUGUAAAACGUGUAAAUGUUCG